GAAGGCGGGGCCGGGAUCCCCUCCUGCCGAGUGGGCCGGAACACAGCCCCCGAGACCCCCAAGGCCGCAAGGGUCCUACGGGUGACCAGAACAAGGGUAGCGAAGACCUCCUGAUGGGAGGCGCGGGGAUUGGUUUAGUGGGAAAGGAGAUUUUGGGGAAGUUUGCUGAGUGAGGGGGGUGACGUAAGCAGGGGGGGCGGGUCCCGGGCAUAUAAAUACAGGCUGGCAGCUCUGCACUUCAUUCAUAAGGCUGAGAGGUAUCGCCACGGCAGGGAUACACGGAGCCGGGACUUGGGGACUUGGAUUAUUGUGAUUCUUUUUGGAGGUUGUGAAAUUGGUUGUUUUUUUUAAAAUUCCGGAGAGAAAGUUUCUAGAAGAAUUUUUCUAGGUAUUUCUUCAUUACAUCUUGGAAGACCGACUUAACUUUUUCGUCUUAUUACUCCCCCUCGGGGGACCCGCCGAACGCGUGGAAGAGACCGCACCCGAAGCGAAUUCUGUACAACGGGACAGCGCUUUCUGCCUCUUAGGGAGCGAUCCCCGCUCGCUCCCGUGUCCAACAGAGCCUGGACUUUUAGGAGGUACAGCGGCAUCCUGUAGCGCCCUGGGUACUGCGGAGGAACUGCACAGAAACUUUGCUAUUGGUGCGGGACGCUGCCCUCUCUCCGAGCUUCCCCGGACAGCGCAUUUUGGGGACGCGCUCGGCUCAGCCCGGACUCGCACCUUACUUACCCCACCCGGCCAUAGCCUUGGCUUCCCGGCGACCUCAGCGUGGUCACAGGGCCCCCCCUGUGCCCAGGGAAAUGUUUCAAGCUUUCCCCGGAGACUACGACUCCGGCUCCCGGUGCAGCUCUUCACCUUCUGCCGAGUCUCAGUAUCUGUCUUCGGUGGACUCCUUUGGCAGCCCACCCACCGCCGCGGCCUCCCAGGAGUGCGCCGGUCUCGGGGAAAUGCCCGGUUCCUUCGUGCCCACGGUCACCGCGAUCACAACCAGCCAGGACCUCCAGUGGCUCGUGCAACCCACCCUCAUCUCUUCCAUGGCCCAGUCCCAGGGGCAGCCCCUGGCCUCCCAGCCCCCUGCAGUCGACCCCUACGACAUGCCAGGAACCAGCUACUCCACACCAGGCAUGAGUGGCUACAGUAGUGGCGGUGCUAGUGGCAGCGGUGGGCCUUCCACCAGUGGAACUAGCAGCGGACCUGGGCCUGCCCGCCCGGCACGAGCCCGUCCUAGGAGACCUCGAGAGGAGACGCUCACCCCGGAGGAAGAAGAGAAGCGAAGGGUUCGCCGUGAACGGAACAAACUGGCAGCAGCUAAAUGUAGGAACCGUCGGAGGGAGCUCACCGACAGGCUGCAGGCGGAGACAGAUCAGCUAGAGGAAGAAAAGGCAGAGCUGGAGUCGGAGAUCGCCGAGCUCCAAAAGGAGAAGGAGCGUCUGGAGUUUGUGCUGGUGGCCCACAAACCGGGCUGCAAGAUCCCCUACGAAGAGGGGCCCGGGCCGGGGCCAGGCCCGCUCGCGGAGGUGAGAGAUUUGCCGGGGUCUGCAUCCGCUAAGGAAGAUGGUUUCAGCUGGCUGCUGCCGCCCCCGCCACCACCGCCCCUGCCCUUCCAGACCAGCCAAGACGCACCCCCCCACCUGACGGCUUCUCUCUUUACACACAGUGAAGUCCAAGUCCUCGGCGACCCCUUCCCCGUUGUUAACCCUUCGUACACUUCCUCGUUUGUCCUCACCUGCCCGGAGGUCUCCGCAUUCGCCGGCGCCCAACGCACCAGCGGCAGUGACCAGCCUUCCGACCCCCUGAACUCGCCCUCCCUCCUUGCUCUGUGAACUCUUUAGACAAACAGAACAAACAGACACACAAGGGAGAGCGAUUUGGACGAGGAGGAGAGAGGGGAAGAGACAAAGGGUGCGUGGCCUCCCUAACUCUUGCGUCUGACCCUCUGUCUCCCCCGCCGUCGGACGGAAGACCUCUUGUGUUUUGUGCGGCCUCUUUGUUUCUGUGCCCGGCGAGACCGGAGAGCUGGUGACUUUGGGGACAGGGGUGGGGAGGGGGUGGACACCCCCAGAUGCCUGUUGGUCCUCUUGCUUCAGUCCAACCUCUGGGGAUGGGCGGGUGGGGUGACGCCCACCUUCGGCGUCCUGUGCUGGGCGGGGUGGGGGAGAGGGGCGCGGGUGCGCGGGGGCCGCGCGGGGCUGGAGCCGUCCCCAGAGAGGCCCAACAAGGAACGCGACUCCCUCGCUGUGCGCACCCCCUCUCCAGGGGGCUGUCCCGGCUGGCUCCCCCUGCGUCCUCGACCCUAGCUUGUUUAUUCCACCUUUCCAGGAGGUGCAAGCCUCUUCUGGGCAGAAGUGAGCCCUCCACCGCACCCCAACCCCCGGGAGCUGAUGCUCCUUGUGAUAAUCAGUUCCUCCCCAGACUUAUUCUGAAAUGUGAACUUCCUUCCCCGAUUGUCCAGCCAUCCCCUCCCGGGGAAGAAAACAAAACAAACUGGCUAGGACUGGACCUUCUCGGCCCCCAAGGCUCCCUCCGCAUUCAGCGCCCCCCUUCCGAUCGCAGUAUUAUUCCAAGCCCCCUCUUCCGUCCUGCUGCCCCCUGGCCGUCCUUGUUGGACCUUUCUGGUUUCAAGCAGCAGGGAGUGCUGCGACACCGUCCUGCUGGAGUGCUUUAUACUGUGAAUGAGCGGCCGGAUUAUGGGGUGGGCCGGGUGGGACAAGAUCCCGACUCCCCAGAACCUUCCCUCGGCCUUCCAAACCCCUGCCCUCCUCCUCCUCCCCUCAGCCAGGAGUUAGACUCAAAGGAGUGGCAGAAUGGAGAAGCAGGGGGCGGGGAGGGGGGCGGUGACAGUGGCCCAUCCACGAGGCCUCUCCCUCUUCGGUUCCCCUGGCCUUUUUCUUCAAGGCCCCCACCUUCCCAGCCUAGGACGCCAACUUCUCCCUGUCCUUGGCGCCCAGCGUCGGUCCCUUCUAGAAAGGGAGCUAGGGACUUGACAUUUUCCGGAGAAGUUUUAAGGGCUGAGGCUUUGGCCCCCGGACCCCUAAUAUUUUUGGACUGGCAAACAUGGAGAGGCUGGGCUCCCGCAAUCCCACCCCUCCACUGUCUCAGCUCCGAACUCCGGUUCUGGCCCUCCCUCCUCCCCUCUUCUCGAGCUUCACUCGUGAGCAUUUCAUCACGAGGCAAAUUUCUAUUUUUUAAUAUGAGAGUGGCCCUGCCACCCUCCUUGUCGCAUGGACAACAUUCCACGCCCUGGUCCCACGUCUCUGGCCCCAAACCAGACCCUCCCUUACCUAUUUAUCCCUUCCCUGGUUUCCGAAAGGCACUUAUAACUAUUAUGUAUAAAUAAAUAUAUUAUAUAUGGGUGUGUGCGUGCGCGUGUGCGUGUGAGAGCUUCCGCAUCCAAGUGUGCUGUGGAGUUGAAAAUGCUUCUAGAACUUUGACUCAGUCUGCUUUGGGCUGUGUCUGUGUGUCUCUAGGUGUCCCUUUUCUGCUGGGCUCAGCCCCUCUGGCUGGUCCAACAGUCUCUGGCCGUCUCCGAAUGUUGCUCCUCUGUCUCUGACCAUUCCCACCUGCCUCCUUCCUGACUGUCCCUGAUCCUGCAGCUGUCUGCUGACUGGGUUCGUUGGGGACCUGAGAUUUUAGUUUUGUGAGUAAGUCUGGGCGAUGGUGAAUUUUUAUAGUCUGUAUCGUUGAGAGUCCUGGGUGUGAGUGCGAGUUUGGGCAGGGCCUGGCCCUGCCAACCACAGUUUAUUGAAUCCCCAACCUCCCUUCCACCCCAUGCUGUAUUUGUGACUCCUUUUUUGUAUUUUGCACCUGAGCCUGGGGGCUGGGGUGGCUGGUACUGGGCUGCUCCCCUCUCCCCUUGGUUCUGCACUGUCGCCAAUAAAAAAUUCUGAAAAAUGCA